AUGGCUGCUAAAACUCAUGCAGUAUUGGGUCGGCUUAAUUACUAUGAUAAUGAUAUGGCUCAAGAUAUGGAAAAAAUCUAUCUCUCAUUGUUGCAUCCAUCAGAAGACAUUCAUUUUGUUACUCCUUCAAUCUCAUACUGGCUCGCAAAUUCCAAAGAUUUUGAGAGUUUGAAAGCCUUUGUGGAGCCUCUUAAACCCUUCAAAGUUGUAAUCUUUACAGUUAAUAACAAUGAUGAUAUUAGCAAAACUGAUGGCGGAACUCAUUGGAGUUUGCUGGUCUACUAUAAAGAUGCCAACACUUAUAUGCAUUAUGACAGCAUUCGAUGUUUAAAUGGAAGGUAUGCCAUGAAGCUUUAUGAAGCUGUUAAAGGACAUGGGAGCAGCAGAGAUACUGAUUCUAGAUUGGAAGAUUUAGAUAGAAUUCAAAACAAAAAGAGAAGAUUUGCAAUGUCAGCCAUGUAUCCUUGUUUCAGAGAGUACUCUACACCACAGCAAAAUAACUAUUAUGACUGUGGUCUAUACGUCAUGGCUAUUGCUAGAGUAAUCUGUUGCUGGUGCGUUAAUACAUUAAAGAAGAAUGAUGAAAUCUUGUUUCCUGAUAUCCUUAAGAAUGUUGAUAAUUCUGUAGAGUCUACAAUGCGCAUUGAAUUACUGAACAUUAUUAAAUACCUAAGGACAUAG